AUGAAGAAAUUGAAGAAAUUGUUGGAUGAAUCGGUUUCUUUUAGCGUAUUUGAAUCUUCCAUUUCAUCGGUGAACCGUUAUUUUUACAGUUUCUUUGCUCCGCUUCUUCUUUCCCACGUUCGGCUAACCCCCCUCUCCUUCAACUGCUCACCUUCACUUUUAUUGGCUAUCCAUGGCAGUUCGUCGUCGCCCCACGUUCUCAACCAUCGUCGGUUUUCUUCUUCAACAAGCAUUCAAUCGGUUAAUCAAUCUCCUUCAAAGAGUGAUUCAGUUAUGGCUUCAACCUACUCCGAUUACGUCUUUAACCCCCACUUCUCCAUAAUCCCUAAAUAUGAGAACACUGAAGUCGUUCAUGAAAAUGCCGACCUUCAAACAAUAUCAGUCAAAUCCAUUGAUUCUAAAAGUGACUCUCCUGAGAUAAUUGAGUAUUCUCCUCACUUCACUCCUUAUAAAUCCAUUUUGGAAAGGGUUUGUAAAAUUGCUAAAGAAGAUUAAUAGUUCGAAAGGAAAAUAAAAAGGAUUUUAGCUCUGACACAGUGGAAGUUGGAUGAAGUUGUGGACCUCUCCUCAAAUUAUGAUGAGGAAGAGGAUGUCAUACAACCAAAAAAGCAUGUCAGGGCCUGCAUUCACAAUAGAAAUCGACCCAUAAAACUACUUGAUGAGUCAAAUGUGGAGCCUUGAUGUGUCUAUAAGUUGGUUUUAGUAUGUUUGUGUUAACUUUGUUGAGUUGAGGAUGCUUCGUUUUCAGUAUUAUGUUUAGUUGUUGUUUUGACUCUAUCUUGCAAAC